AGCUCUCGCAUCCAGACAUGUCCUGCUACAGCCCGUGCGUGCCCUGCCAGCCCUGUGGCCCAACCCCACUGGCCAACAGCUGCAAUGAGCCCUGUGUCAGGCAGUGCCAGGACUCCAUUGUUGCCAUCCAGCCCUCCCCCGUGGUGGUGACCCUGCCUGGCCCCAUCCUCACCUCCUUCCCACAGAACACUGUUGUGGGCUCCUCCACCUCCGCUGCCGUUGGCAGCAUCCUCAGCUCCGAGGGAGUGCCCAUCAACUCCGGGGGCUUUGGCCUCUCCGGCUUGGGCCUCUCCGGCUUGGGCGGCCGCUACUGCGGCAGGAGGUCUUUCCCCUGCUAAAGCUGCUGGCGAUGGCCCUGGGGAAGGGCCCAGGGACCCAGAAGAUGGCACCGCACUGGGGACAGGGCCUUGGGUUGUUGCUUCCAGAGCAGCUGAGCAACCCCAGCACCACUUGCACAAGGAC